AUGUCCAUCUCUGUUCCCGCCGAGAUCAGUGCGGCUGCGACUCUGAUCCAAUUCUGGAACGCGUCCAUCAACCCAGGCGUUUGGAUCACCAUUUUCUUGGUGUUCAUCAUCACGAUCAAUUUUUGCGGUGUCCGACUCUACGGUGAAACUGAAGUCGUGUUUGCAUCCCUCAAAAUCAUGACAAUCAUUGGUCUCAUCAUUGGUGGCCUUGUUAUUGACCUCGGCGGCGGGCCGAAUGGUGAGCGCAUAGGGUUCCGCUACUGGCAGGAUCCUGGGGCUUUCAACAGCUAUCUUGUCCCAGGCUCAGCCGGUAACUUUCUUGCCUUCUGGAAGGUCCUUCUCUCGGCCGCAUUCAGCUACGGCAACAUCCAAGUUGUUGCCAUUUCCGGUUCUGAGACGCGAGAGCCCAGAAAGAUCAUUCCUGCCGCAACCAGGAAGACGUUCUUCCGGGUGUUCUUCUUUUACGUUCUCAGCAUCCUCAUUGUUGGAAUGAUCGUGCCUUCAAACGACCCAUCCCUGAGCAUCUCAACGGGAACUGCGCAGCAGUCCCCAUUCGUCAUUGCCUUUACACGUUCCGGCGUCUCAGUGCUACCUUCGAUAAUCAACGCCGUGGUGUGCACUUCUGCCAUCAGCAGUGGCUCAGCUUGUGUCUUCAUCGCUUCCCGAACUCUGUAUGGUCUAAGCUGUGAUGGUCACGCUCCCAAGAUCCUCCAGCGCUGCAAUAGGUUUGGAACACCUCAUUACGCUGUUGGAUUGACAUGCAUCUUGAUGCCUCUUGUCUACCUGAAUGUGGCCAACAACACUUCCGUAGUCUUUGGCUGGUUCGUCAACAUUACGACUGUUGCUGGGCUCAUUGGUUGGAUCGUCAUAGAAGUGACAUAUCUUCGAUUCUAUGCUGGACUCAAAGCACAGGGGUACUCUCGAAAUGAUAAAAUCUAG